AACAAAGCACACAUGCUGUCUACAUCAUCUGCAUAAGGCUUGUACUCGUCUCCUUUACUGCACAUGUGUGCUUUGCUUUAGAUUUCACAUAAAUCUAUGUGCAGUUUCAUCAUUUCUCCUGUUAAACCUCCCCUCACAGGACCUUUGUUUUAGAGUGUUCAUCUGAUCUCUCAGAGUCCUUAUGUACUCGUAUUUUUACACAACUCUCCCUGGUUGCUUGUGAUCUGAAAUAUAAGUACUCUAGUGAUUCAUUUAUGGUCUGUGGUGUCGGCAAAGUGGCUGGUAUUUGACACCCUUUGAAAGAGCGCUUGUGUGCAGAAAAUGGGAUGCAAGCUGGGUGCUGGCUGGUCUGGCAGAAUUUUGUGUAAUUUUGUGUACAUUUUGUGUACUUUCACUGCUAUCUCUCUCCUGCUUUUCAUGUUUUGUGCCUGGCACCAACAAGAGUCUUUAAGUCUCCCAAAGGGUGACUAUGAGAGCAGCAUUGCUACCAGAUGGAAAAGAUAUACUAUAAACCCGCUAGGGUACAAGUGGGACCAUUUAAACCUGACGUACAAAAUUGUCAAGUUCCCAAAUACCCUGAACAAGGCUGAUACACAGAAAGCAAUUGAAAUUGCCUUCCGCAUGUGGAGCAGAGUGUCCCCGCUCACCUUCCAUAGCGUUCAACCACACCAUGAUGCAGAUCUCAAAAUAGGUUUUUACACAUUUAAUCAUAGUGAUUGCUGGUUCUCAUCAUUACACCCCUGCUUUGAUGGUCUGAAUGGGGAGCUUGCUCAUGCUUUCCUGCCUCCUCGCGGAGAGAUUCAUUUUGACAACCAUGAGUUCUGGGUACUUGGACCGUCACGCUUUAGCUGGAAACAGGGUGUGUGGUACAAUGAUCUGGUCCAGGUGGCAGCUCAUGAGAUUGGUCAUGCCCUUGGCUUGUGGCAUUCUAAUGAUGUCAGGGCACUCAUGCAUCCUAAUGCCACACAAACCCGAACCCGUUACCUUGCACAAGAUGAUAUCUGGGCCAUACAGCGUCUCUACAAGUUCCCUCAUAAUGUUACUGCACCGAAGAAGGUAAAAGUGAAGUCGCGUUAUGUUCCAAUUGGCCAAUCUAUCACUUUCCACUGCAAGCAAAAAGUACACCAGCCAUUGCAGAGAAUUAGUUGGUAUAAGGAUGGAUCCCGUCUUCGUUCCUCUGUUCCUGGCCUCGUGAUAUCAUCCCCAAGCAUCCUAGUAAUACAAGCAAAUGAAGUUACCCGGGGGAGGUACACAUGUGUGAUUCACAAGGACAGGGCGAUCAUAGGAGGCAAAGCAUGGCAACUUCAUUUACUAGAGGAGUAAAAGCACUCAACUGAUAAAUUGAUUCCUUGUCUUGUGAUAAAGGAAAAGUGUACACUAUUUGAAUGUGUUCAUUCCAAUUUAUACCACUAUUCACAUUUUAUGUAAACUUUGCUCUGGAUAUGUUAUCUUUCUUAUAUAUUGUUCCACUAUUAAAUGCAAUAAAGGAACUUGGAGGAAAUAUA